GGCGCUAGUUAAUCAAUAGCUUGUCCAUAGCGUAUCAAGUAAACCGAAUGUGUUUGCUACUGCCUAUCAAAUUAUGCAAGCGGAACCCAUGACUCUCUCUCUCUGUUUCCCAUGAACCCGGUCGAAGAGAAAACCUCUGGAGUGCAUGGAGAUGAACUUUUAACUGAAAUACCUUCCAUUUUGUACGCCAGCAUUCUCUUCAAGGAGCAAGCGCAGGGCUCAACUUCUCCUUCAUGGAUUGCUUUCUUACACUCAACCUCAAGCUCCUCAAACAUCACAGUCCACCUUUUCUCAAGAAAAUGCCAUUCACUAGCCCCGCCAACUUUGCAGACAAUUCUCUGUCACAACCACUCCCUUCCCUUCAAUGUGGAACUAUUUUACAAUCACUCACCAACAUCAAAUCCCUUACUAAAGGCCAGCAACUCCACGCCUACAUCAUUACUUCUGGCAAUCUCCGAAAUAACACUUAUCUAAGCACCAAACUUGCAGCUUUAUACGCAACUUGUGGUCAUAUGACUGAUGCCCAGAUGAUCUUUAAUGGGAUCGUUUUGAAAAAUUCUUUCUUGUGGAAUUUUAUGAUUAGAGGCUAUGCUUGCAACGGGUUUUCAGUUAAAGCUCUUGUUUUGUAUAAACAAAUGUCUAGUUUUGGACAGAACGCGGAUAAGUUUACGUACCCUUUUGUUAUCAAGGCUUGUGGUGAUUUAUUGCAUGUGGAACUUGGUAGGAGGAUUCAUGGUGAGGUAGUGCUUACUGGGUUUGGCUCGGACAUUUACGUGGGUAAUUCUCUUACUGCAAUGUAUUCCAAGUUUGGAGACAUUCGGUCAGCAAGGAUAAUAUUUGAUAGAAUGCCUGUGAGAGAUAUAACUUCUUGGAAUACCAUGAUAUCGGGUUAUGUGAAGAACGGUAAACCGAAAGAGGCUUUGGCCAUUUUUUACUUAAUGAAGCAAACUGGAUUGUCUGCAGAUGGCAUGACUUUGGUUGGUCUCCUUUGUGCUUGUGCCGAGCUAGCUGCACUGAAGCAGGGAAAAGAGAUUCAUGGCUAUGUUGUCAGAAAUGGGAAUGCACUCUGUGUCGAUUUUUUGAUGAACUCUCUUAUUGAAAUGUAUUUUAACUGUAAUUGUUUGGUCGACGUAUUAAAAUUAUUUGAAAAAAUGGCACGGAAAGACACAGUGUCGUGGAAUUCUAUGAUUUCUGGCUAUGCAAGAAACACCUAUGCUUUCGAAAGCUUAAGGCUUUUCUGUCGAAUGAUUUUGGAAGGAGCCAAACCUGAUCAAGUAACCUUUAUAGCUGUGCUUGGGGCAUGUGAUCAGAUCACAGCUUUGCAAUUUGGCAUGUCUGUUCACUCCUACCUUGUUAAGAAAGGGUUUGGUGCAACUACCAUUGUAGCAACAGCCCUUAUAGACAUGUAUGCUAAAUGUGGAAAUUUGGCUUGUGCACAUAGUGUUUUUAACGAGACUCCUGAAAAGAAUUUAAUUUGUUGGAGUGUCAUGAUUUCUGGAUAUGGCAUUCAUGGGAUGGGGAGAGAAGCUGUCUCUCUUUUUCAUGAAAUGAUCAAGAACAAUAUUAUUCCAGAUGAAGGUGUUCUGACUUCAGUUUUGUCAGCUUGCAGUCAUGCAGGAUUGGUUGCUGAAGGUAAAGAAAUCUUCUACACAAUAACAAAAGAUUAUGAUGUAAAGCUUGUACUUGCUCACUAUUCGUGUUUGGUGGAUCUUCUUGGUCGAGCGGGGCAUUUAGAUGAAGCAUACAAGGUUAUAAAGACCAUGGAAAUUAAUCCCUCAAGUGAUAUAUGGGCAGCACUCCUGAAUGCUUGCCGACUACAUCGAAAUGUUGAGAUAGCAGAGAUCUCCGCAAAAAAAUUUUUUGAUCUAAAUGCAAAACAGGUGGGUGGAUACAUUUGCCUUUCCAAUAUUUACGCUGCUGAGAAAAGAUGGGAUGAUGUGGAAAGGGUUAGAAUGUUGAUAAGAGAAAAGGGGUUAAUUAAACCCCCAGGCUGCAGCUUUGUUGAGUUAGAUAAAAUGGUUCAUCGGUUCUUAGUUGGAGAUAAGUCACAUCCACAAAUAGAAAAUAUAUAUACCAAGUUAAAGCAAUUGAAUCAGCUACUCAAGGAAGUUGGAUACAAGCCUGAUACAAGUUCAGUGUUAUAUAAUGUUGAUGAAGAAUUCAAAGAGAAGAUGCUUUGGGAUCACAGUGAAAGAUUGGCAAUUGCCUAUGUUCUUAUUAAUACAAGUCCAGGCACCAUUAUAAGAAUCACUAAGAACCUACGCGUGUGCGGGGAUUGUCACACUGUAAUAAAAUUGAUCUCUAAGCUCAUGUGUCGAGAAAUUAUUAUGCGGGACAUCCGUAGGUUCCACCACUUUAGAGAUGGAUUUUGUUCAUGUGGUGAUUACUGGUGAGUGAACAACAGAAUAUUAAUCAGAAGGCAAUUGUACAUUUGAGUGAGAUAGGGAUAAAGCAGAUUCUUUUAUUCAAACAGUAGAUAUCUCAAAUUGUUGUAACACAACUCUUGAAGGGCAAGUUGUUAACAUUAACAUUCUCUUCCACAAUGGCUGCAAUUCACUUGAAGAAUAGGGAUUUGAUCUUUUUUACCAAACUAGCAAGUAGACCUGGGUGACCAGUAGCAGCACCAUCAACUCUCAUAUCUGUCUCUUUAUCCUAUGGGAAGGGUGCCAUUGCCUUGGUUGCUUCUGGAAGAAUCUCAAUUGGAAUCUUUGGCUUUGACUGCUCCAAUGGAACUAUUUCAUGGUUGUACUUCUUAGGAUCUGGACAGUAAGCCGGAAAAUAAAUAUGAAUGCUAAUGAAGGUGAAUGAAAAUUAACAUA